UGGUUGUUAUAGUGAUAAACUGAGGCCUUGCCUUUUUGCUUCUCGGAGAAAGAAAGGGGCGGGAGAGGGGGGUAACCUCUUUACUUCCCCCAGGGAAGAGAGAAAGAAGGGAAGAAGAAGGGGGAUGGGUAGGGAAGAGAAAAAUACGUGACAAAGAAAACAUUCUCUGCUUGGGAGGCGACUCCCAGAGGGUGUAGAGCUGGAGGGAGCAUUCGCUGGCCAUGCCAGUACUUACCACUGAUGCUGAGUCAGAAACAGGUAUCCCAAAAUCCCUUUCCAAUGAGCCUCCCUCAGAAACCAUGGAGGAAAUAGAGCACACAUGCCCACAGCCUCGACUGACCCUGACUGCACCUGCCCCAUUUGCAGAUGAAACGAGCUGCCAGUGCCAAGCACCCCAUGAAAAACUGACCAUUGCUCAGGCUCGCUUAGGAACACCAGUUGACAGGCCUGUCAGAGUAUAUGCAGAUGGAAUAUUUGACCUCUUUCACUCAGGUCAUGCAAGGGCACUUAUGCAAGCAAAAACACUGUUUCCCAACAGCUACUUGUUGGUGGGAGUUUGCAGUGAUGAUCUCACCCACAAAUUCAAAGGUUUCACUGUGAUGAAUGAAGCAGAAAGGUAUGAAGCUCUCAGACACUGUCGCUAUGUGGACGAAGUCAUCAGAGAUGCUCCAUGGACUCUCACACCAGAGUUUCUGGAAAAACACAAGAUUGACUUUGUGGCUCAUGAUGACAUUCCAUAUUCUUCUGCUGGUUCUGAUGAUGUUUACAAGCAUAUAAAGGAAGCAGGAAUGUUUGUUCCAACCCAGAGAACAGAAGGCAUCUCAACAUCAGACAUCAUCACCAGAAUUGUCCGGGACUAUGAUGUUUAUGCCCGACGCAAUCUCCAGAGAGGGUACACAGCCAAGGAACUGAAUGUCAGCUUUAUAAAUGAAAAGAAGUACCGUUUCCAGAACCAGGUGGACAAGAUGAAAGAAAAGGUCAAGAAUGUGGAGGAAAGAUCAAAGGAGUUUGUUAACAGAGUGGAAGAAAAGAGUCAUGAUCUAAUUCAGAAGUGGGAAGAGAAGUCAAGGGAAUUCAUUGGCAACUUCCUAGAACUGUUCGGACCUGAUGGAGCAUGGAAGCAGAUGUUCCAGGAGAGGAGUAGCCGGAUGCUACAAGCCUUAUCACCCAAGCAGAGCCCUAAAUUACCUUAAUCGGUGGAAACUGCAACAAGGAAAAACAUCCUGUAUAAAAAAAGAGGAGCUGCUUUGCUUUGGCUCCAAGUUUGGCAGAUGAGAAACAUCUCUCGAAGCUUCUCCUUAAAGGAUGCUACUAUGGAAUGGCUCUUCCCAUUUCUGACCAGUUAACAGUUUCA